ACGACAACCAAGAAUGACGGUACUAGUCCUCUUGCUGACAGGCCUAAUAUUCGGCCUGGAUGUACAACAGACUUCAUGUUGCCCAGAAAACUGCACAUGCAAGAUUGAUGACCUAGCAAUUAGUAGCAAAAAAAGUUUCAUAGCAGAAUGUAAAGGGUUGCCAUAUGUGCCUCAAGUACCAUCAAAUGUAACUUUGUUCAUUCUCGUCAAUUUUUCUAAAGAAGAUUUUCCUAGAGGAUCCUUUAUAAAUAAGACUACUUCUACAUGGCUAGAAAUAAGAUGGAGUUCAUUGAAAGUGCUUAACAACCAAAGCUUUGAAGGGAUUGACAAGCAACUAGGAAGACUUUCUAUAACCGACAGUCAGCUGGAAUCUAUUGGGGAUGAAACGUUUGUACGAAUGAGGAAUCUAAGAAGACUGUAA